GCCUUUGAAACGUCACAUUACGCACUUGACAGGUGAGCCUGUGUCAUCAGCUGAUUGUUUGCAUUCCAGUUAAAUAGCACAAACAGGUUUAGGCACGUCUCACAGCAAGCUCCCUGACAGACACCAGGCAACAACUGAAGUCACCAGUUACACAGUGAGCAUGGCAUCGCUGUCGGUCAGCUCCGGCCUUAACAAGGCUGUGCGUCAACAGUACAUGAGCCUGCCUCAGGGAGAGAAAUGUCAGGUCACAUACAUCUGGAUUGACGGCACCGGAGAGGGUCUGCGUAACAAGACACGGACCCUGGACAUUGAGCCAACCAGUAUAGAAGAUGUUCCCGAGUGGAACUUUGAUGGCUCGAGUACAUACCAGUCUGAAGGCUCCAACAGUGACAUGUACCUCAUCCCAGUCUGCAUGUUCAGGGAUCCAUUCACCCUCGACCCCAACAAACUGGUCUUCUGUGAGGUCCUCAAAUACAACCGCCUACCUGCAGAAACAAACCAUCGAGCAGCCUGCAACAAAGUGAUGGAGCAGGUUAAAGAGCACUGCAUCUGGUUUGGCAUGGAGCAGGAGUACACACUUCUAGGAAUGGAUGGACAUCCUUUUGCCUGGCCACAGAACGGAUACCCAGGACCCCAAGGACCGUACUACUGUGGAGUGGGGGCAGACAAUGCUUACGGACGAGACAUUGUAGAGUGUCACUACAAGGCCUGCCUCUAUGCAGGGGUCAAAAUCUGUGGUACUAAUGCUGAAGUCAUGCCAUCCCAGUGGGAGUUCCAGGUGGGUCCCUGUGAGGGCAUUGAUAUGGGCGACCAUCUUUGGGUGGCACGCUUCCUGCUGCAUCGUGUGUGUGAAGACUUUGGCGUUGUUGCGACACUGGACCCCAAACCAAUGAAGGGCAACUGGAACGGUGCUGGUUGUCACACAAAUGUCAGCACCAAGCAGAUGAGAGAAGAAGAAGGACUCCAGUACAUCGAGCAGGCCAUCGAGAAGCUGAGCAAAAAACAUACCGAGCACAUCCGGGAGUAUGACCCACGUGGGGGGGAGGACAACAAGAGGCGUCUCACAGGUCUCCAUGAAACCUCCAACAUCGAAGACUUCUCUGCCGGAGUGGCCAACCGAGGCGCCAGCAUCCGAAUCCCUCGCCAGGUGGGCCAAGAGAAGAAGGGCUACUUUGAGGAUCGCCGCCCUGCUGCAAACUGUGACCCCUAUUCUGUGACCCGGGCCAUCACAAACACCUGUCUGCUUGAUGAGGAAGAAUGAGCGGCAGGAGGUGCGGCAAGGCCUAGAAGAAAGUAUACAGCUUUUGUAGAACAGGUCAGUAUAGAAAAAUACAUGAGGAAUUUAUCUGAUUGGUGUACUUGAAAAAUAUCCAUGCAGGAUGAAUACAUGAAGGCAGACUAUAUGUGAUAUGAAUGGAUUAUUUUGUACAGCAGAAUUAAAAAGUAACAGUUUUUUUCUUUCAAUCUAAAUUAUCUGUUCAAGAAUAAAUCACUGUUUCUUCAAACUAGUGUCAAAUGUGUUAGUGAGGGUGUUGAGAAAAUAAAUACACAGUGGUGCUGUA